UCUGUAUUUGCCUUGUUUUGAAGGACUGUGUUAAGGAAGUUGUGUCACAAUUUGCGUUUCAACUAAUAUAAUGGCUGAUUCGUAGUAAUAUAACAAAAGAAAUCUACUGAUUUCGAGCAUACGAUAAUUAUUUUGCAUAAAAUAUUCAAUACCAUAUGUACAAUAUUAAUCAUAAAACAUUAAGCCAUAGAAAAGUGUGAACAGCAUAUUCUCAAAAUUUAGUCCUAAAAUAUGGAAUCUCCAAAACAGUUAGAGCAGGAAUCAGUGGAAUAUUGGAAGGAACAAGCAAAACAUUAUGAACAAAAGGCAAGAGACAUACAGCAGGAAUUAGAUGAAUACACAGAAAAUUCAGCACAACUUGAAAAGGAAUUAGAGGCUUCAUUAGAGCAAGUUGAAAAACAAAAUAGAGAUUUGGACCAUCAAAAUCAACGGCUUCAAAAUAAAAUUGAUGAUCUCAAGAAUAAACUAGACAGAAGUCAACAUGAAACAAAUGCUUUAGAAAAUGAAUUAAAGGCACUCAACAUAGAAAAAGAAAAACAAGCAAUAUAUAUUAGAGAGUUAGAACAAAAAAAUGAUGAUCUGGAAAGGGGGCAAAGAAUCAUAUCAGAAUCAGUGUCUUGUAUAGAAACCCUAUUAAAUCAAGCAUAUGAACGCAAUGCAGUUUUAGAAAGCGAAGUAGAUGAAAUGGAGAAUUUGAGGGUGAGAUUGCAAAGGGCAACAGAUGAAGCCAGAGAUCUCAAACAAGAAUUAAAAGUGAUAGAAAAAAUUCCAAUAUCAAAAAAAGAGGAUUCCAGUACAAAUGAAAAUAUAUGUAAUGGCCUCUCAACUAGGUCACAAGUAGAAAUAGAAACACAAACUUCUAUAACAUCACCAAGACGUGAAGUUAACGGUAAUGCAAUGACACCAUCUUCUCGGGUAUCUGCCAUAAAUAUAGUUGGUGAUCUUCUUCGGAAAGUUGGGCUUGAAAGAUUUCUUUGCCGUGAAUGUGGUAAGGUCAAAUGUUCGUGUGACCUGGAAACCAAUGGCGAACAAGCCGUUGUCCAAAAUCAUCCACCGUUGGAUAGUAACAUUGAAAAUGAAAGCACCAUGACCGUACAAAAUAAUGACUUGGAUGAUCCCAUUGAGUAUCGUAAGCAAGGUGAGCUUACGCGUCAAUAUUCAAGAUCUGAGCAAUUAAGGAAUAAUUCACAAAAGGCCCUCCCGCUAUCCACACAUAGGUCUUCCGAGCAACCUUUUGUAAGAUCUUAUCAAGCCGAACAUGGCAAAUUGAGGAGGUCUUUCAUCGUCAGGUCUAGGGAGAGUCUCGAGAAUUUUCUUAAUUUCACAUCCACUAGAAAAGGACCGGACCAAAGCAAAGGAAAACAAAUGUUGCGGCAGCAGUUUUAGUAGUUCUUAAUGUUUCCUGUGUAGAUAGAUGUUCUAAAACGCCAUACAAUAAGGGUUGCUUACACUUAUAUCUAACACUACGUUAUGUUAUCAUAAUGUAUGUUUACGUAAUGAUUAAUUUCAUUUCUUUUAUUAUACAGACAGCUUUUGUAUCACCUGUGAGUAUUUUAUUGCAAUACUUCUUUAAGAGCAUGUUUUUCUUAGCAUGACGCGGAUAUUCAUUCCGUGAAUUCCGAUAUAGAUAUUUUUAAAACCCUUUAAAUAUUGAAAAAUUAAUACAAAUUAAAUAGAAUAAAUAUUAAACUAGAAGGUAUAACCCAUAUAAGCAACCCUUAUUGCUAGAUAUAAAACUAUUAAUAAUGCUAGUAUGUAAUAUAAAAUACAAUUGAGUAUCGUAGAAUUAUAGUUGUUUUAUUGUUUGAUGUUUAGUACAAAUUUAGAAUUUUAUAUUGUACAUAUGAACAUAAUGCAUAGAUUAACAAAAUUGCAUAUUUAAUAACACUCUGAUAUCAGACUCCAUAACUUUGACGUCAACGAGUAUUAUUGAAUGUGCGAGAUACAUUAAUAAGUCUCGACUCUUAGUAUGUUUUGUAAAACUUAGCAUUUAUUUGUUUAGAUGUCUGGCUUUUUAGGUUUUUGUUAUGGCUUUAUAGUGUAUUCCAACGGCAAAAGGGGAACAGAUAAACAAACCUUAAAUUUACAUAUUUUGCGCGAUUUAUCAAUAACUCCGCUAUGUAUUAUGCACUAUGGUCUGUAUAUCUUUACUUAUAAUACAUCGCAAUACCAUUUAACUAGAACGUAUUCCAAAUUGUAAAUUCAGUUUGAUUUGCAUUCAGCUCUACCGUAUUAAUUUCUAUUACAGCACCACCCACCUCAUAUUCAAUGAGUUAUCCUAACCUAUAUCGUUGGUUGCCUGGAAGAGAUGUGUAGCGAAAAGGUCGCCAAAUUUGUACCUCUCUUUUAGUUAAGCUGUAUCCACGUUUUAUUUUCUCUAUGCGGUGUAUAAAAUUAAUUAAAUCUUUACUACUUCUGCCAUUGGAAUAGACUAUGCACAUUUCGGUGGAGGUAUUACUCGCACACAAUUACUUCGUAAUCACCUACUAAUAUUAACAUCAUUCAUGUUCGAUUUUCUUCAUUGUAGGCUUUGGAAUCAAAGUUAGCAUCGUGUCGUGGUACAGUUAGACCUAAAGAGCAUUCACCAAAUCCAAGCUCGGACGUGAAUAAGGACUACAGGUGUGUACUCAAGAACUAAGACUUGCCGAAUAAUAUCCCGCGAUUUUCUUUAGCUUUUAUAGUAAUAAUACUAUAAACGAAAACAUUGCUUCAUGUUCAUGUACUCCCCACUUGUUUAUUGUCAUCUAAUGUACUGUGAUCGGAAUCACACUUUCCUAAUAUUACUAAUAUCUGUGAUGAUAAAGAAAAAUAGUUUAGAAAUGUAUGUAAAAGAUGAUUUGAUUUUGGCCUACCCACCGGAGACGAACAGUGAGACACGGCACAUACUGCCUUGCAUCGUGCACUGAGUUUCUCUUAGUUAACUUCUAAAAAAAAGGAAGCAAUUUAACAUGUAACAGAUUACUUACCAGCCCAGUUUAUAAAGUUAUUAAUGCCUCACGAUUGGCUUUACAAGCUAUGCCCAAGAAUGAAAGUAAACUGCUAAUAACAAUAACAGUCUGAGCGAGCAAACAAUUUUCGAUGUAAGUAAAGCCCUUAAAAUAAUUAGAGUCGCAUUUAUCUUUGUCGUAUAACAUAAUAUGAAUAUAUUAUAUAUUUUUGAGCAUUUUAAUUUUUGUAAAUAAUAUCUAAAUGUAGAGAAAUCGUUAAUAUUACAAAAUUUUAUGGACUUUUUAACAUUUAUAGUAUUUUAAUAUAAAGUAUGCUCUUAUUUAUAUAUAUAUUGCUAAUGAUAUUUUUUCACUAAUUUUUAUUUACGAAAAGAAUUUUGGCAAAAUCUUAAUAUAACAGUUUAAUAUUUCUAGUCUUCUUGUUUAAAAUCAAAUUGUGACUAACGUAACAAGAAUUUGUGUUAUAUAAUGAAGUUUAGCUGUUUGGUAGCGAUGUAAUAUAGCGUUUGUCUUAUCUAUGUUUUUGGAUUAACAUCAAAAUAGAAUUAAUUAGCUACUAUUAGGUCUUAGAUACAUUUGUACCUACUACAUCUCAUGUUUACAUUCCUAUGGCUUUCAACUUAACUGAAAUGAAUAUAAUAUAUUUUAAAGUAUUAUACAACACAAUAACAUAACAAUACAAUAAUGAUGAUUUGUACACGUGUUAAUUAAAGUUAAGUUCAACACAUUUGUCUAAAGCACAGAUGCAAGUCUCAAGACUCAGGAGUGUGCGGUACAAAUGUAAACAAAUCUAACGGUCUUGCCCUAGAAAUUAAUCAGAUGUGUUAAAUGUACAAAAUCACAUUAGUAUAUUUUUUAUACUUUUCGAUGUUUGUAAAUGUGCUCAAUAUGCCUUUAAGAAACUACAAGUCUUUAAAUUUUAGAUAAUACUGUAACCAUUUAACCAGUUUACUUAGAACUUAGAAUUCAAUGUUUUUAAUUUGAGUGUUAAAUAGUUUAUUGGAUUCUAUGUGUCUGUCUGUCAUUAAAGGCAGUAGUUAAUUACAAAUAAAAUAUCGUUGAAAAAUAUCUUCUCUUUUAUAAUCAGGCGUCUCCUCUAAAUAUUUAUAAAUAAUUAAUCUAUUUGUGCAGUAGUUUGUGAUUACAGCAAUAAUUAUAGCCAUUGUGACGUACAUGAGCAGAGUGUCCAUGUUAGCCGUGUAUAUGUCGAAAAUUGUUUGAGUGGGUUGACUUGGCCUUCAUACAACAAAUAAGAUGUAUAUUGUUAUUUAAUAAUUAUACGAUAGAAAUGCCCAGUCUGCUGCAUAUAGUUUAAGUAACUAAGCAUUUAUACAUUCACAUGUGUGGUGACCAGACAAUUUUUAUUUUUGUGCGCAUUAAAAAAUACGUCGAGGCAA